AUGUUCCUCUAUAAAUUCGUCAGAGAGAGCUUCUUCGGCAGGUCUCUAUAUCACUUAUCUGGACGCAAAGUGUUCACAUACCCCGAGGAAUCACCCGACUAUGUGAUUCCCGCAAAGUACUUGGGCAAAGACGAAGCAGGCAUUGAAUCGGAUGUUAAGGAGAAAGCUGGCGCUUCAGACACCCCCGUUGAUCUGGACUCUUCGUCCCAGUCGACCAAGACCAACCACAUUCUUGUGGACUGGGAGGGAGAAGACGAUCCAGAAAAUCCAUACAAUUGGCCAUUGAAAUACAAGAUUAUCUUCAUUGCCCAGAUCAUGAUUUUGACUGCAUUUGUGUAUAUGGCUUCUGCCAUUUAUACCCCAGGUAUUGAGGAGAUUAUGAAAGAUAUGGGCGUGGGCCAGGUGGUGGCGACACUCCCCUUGACGCUUUUUGUGUUCGGAUACGGUAUCGGGCCCAUGGUGUUUUCGCCGCUUUCGGAAAAUGCCAGGUUUGGCAGAACGUCCAUCUACAUCAUUACCUUAUUUAUCUUCUUCAUCUUGCAGAUCCCCACGGCUCUCGUGGACAACAUCGCUGGCUUGUGUAUUUUGCGUUUCAUCGCUGGCUUCUUUGCCAGCCCUUGUUUGGCUACCGGUGGUGCUUCUGUGGGUGACGUGAUCAAUUUACCUUACAUUCCAGUGGGUAUCUCAUUCUGGUCCAUCGCUGCCGUGUGUGCUCCUUCUUCGGGCCCCUUGUUUGGUGCUAUCUUGUCUGUCAAGGCUGACUACCACUGGACCUUCUGGUUUGUGUGUAUCACUUCUGGUGCCUCCUUUGUCGUUCUUGGUUGGAUGCUUCCUGAAUCUUACUCCAAAACCAUUUUGUACAGAAAGGCUGAGAGACUCAGAGCUCUCACGGGUAACCAGGAUAUUGUCAGUGAGGGUCACCUUGAGAAUGCUAAGUUCUCCACUCAUGAGAUGCUUGUCGAGACACUCUGGCGUCCAUUUGAGGUGAUUAUCUUCGAGCCUGUGGUGUUGCUUAUAAAUAUCUACAUUGGCUUGGUGUACUCUGUAAUGUACUUGUGGUUUGAGGCUUUCCCCAUUGUGUUCGUUCAGGUCAAGGGCUUCACUCUCAUCGAGAUGGGUGUCGCUUACAUGUGUAUCUUGGUCGGUAUUUUGAUAGCUGCUGCAUUCUACAUCCCUACCAUAUACCAUCAAUUCACCAAGAAGAUGCUCAGCAACCAGGAAGUCGUUCCUGAAGUCUUCAUUCCCAUGGCUAUUGUUGGAAGUAUCAUCAUGCCUAUUGGAAUCUUCAUCUUUGGCUGGACGGCUGCUGAGGACCUCCACUGGAUUGGUCCACUUAUUGGAGCUGCAGUCUUUGCCGCUGGAGCUUUCUUGGUUUUCCAGACCUUGUUUAACUACCUCAGUAUGUCAUUCUGGAGAUAUUUGGCUUCUGUGUUUGCAGGCAAUGACUUAUUCAGAAGUAUGAUGGCGGGUGCCUUCCCACUUUUUGGCAAGCCUUUGUUCUUGAACUUGAGAACCAAUAGAUUCGCUGUUGGCUGGGGCUCGUCUCUCUUGGGCUUUAUUUGUGUGGGCAUGAUUGCAAUCCCAGUAUUAUUCUACCUCAACGGCCCUAAGUUAAGAGCUAGAUCCAAGUACGCUGGAGCAGGUGCCUAA